AUUGCAACCCAUGUACUGCUAUAUCAGGAUCGUCUUAAUGACCUAGCGAUUGCCUGUGUGCUGGGUAUUACAAGUGAAUUCAUGUCACUCAAAUAAUGGAUUGGCAAUACGAUAUCUGUACGAUACACCUACAUCACAUUUUAUGAGCAAUGGCCAGAACGAAUCGUGAGUGAUGGAGUUCCAUAAACGUAAACGAUCUCUCACUCCUCCACUAAGAGCCCCUGAGACAAAAAUCCAAAAAAGAACCCAUUCAGAACCAAACUAUGAACGCCAAUAUUCUAGCUACACGCCAUCAUGGAGAAACAGAUCUAGAGAAGACAGACGAGGGUCCUAUGACAGGGAAAUAUGGAUGGGAGAUUGGGGAAGGGGAAGAGGAAGGGGAAGAGGAAGGGAAAGAGGAUUCGGAUGGAGAAGAGAAAAUCAUUCAUGGCGAGGAAGGGAGAUCAGAAAUUACUCCUUUUUUUCUGAACCGUCUGAUGCAGCCAUAACGUGUGGAAUUGAUGCUAUGAAGUUGACAUCGAAGCUUCAGAGAAACGUUAAUAAAAAUAAAACAGAAACGAUCAAUUUUCUUCACGAAAUAUGCCAAUCGCCGAAUAGACAUUGCGUAAGAAGUGUCUUCAAAACUUUGUGGAAAGACAAGUUUUUCGGGCGGGAAGAUGUUUUAAUACUGCUAGAACAAAUUUUGUUAGAUCAAACAACGGAUGAACUUGACACCACUGUCUUGCUGACAGGAGACAUUGUUAAGUCAUAUUGUUCCUUCCUAAGCAGUAUUGGACACGUUGAUGAGGUUAUGAAAGACUUUUUGAACCGAUUCGAAGCACUUGUAGUUAAUUCUAAUAGUUCGCAUCCACGCUCUCUGGCUGAUUUUGGAAAACUAAGAUCUCCGGCAGACCACGACCUCGGUCUGGUUCUUAAACCUGGCAUAUCAGCGUUAUACAAUAACCCAAAAUUUGAAGAACGCCAAAUUACAGAUUCUUUUGAGAACUCACGCAGUCUUCUUGAGAGGGUAUACUAUCUGUACAAAGAAGACAUCACUCGUCCACUGGUCCGUGGUUUACGCAAACUAAGACAUUAUUUGAAAAACAGCACGGAUCUUGAGAAAUUUCGUGAUGAUGACAUACGUGUCUUUCGUGAUUUGCAAAUCAUCUCAAGUAUUGCUAGUCAAUCCAAUGGUCUGAUAUGGGAGAUGCAGCUAGAUACAACUCAGCCAUUAGUCAAAACCAUAAUGAAUAGACACAGAAGGCUAUUACAGAGAGGAACUUUGAUUUGUAUAUCAAAUGAUGUCUUCAAAAGAGACAUCGUGUAUGGAACUAUUGUAGAAAGUGACAAAAAAGAGGAUAUGACAAGGAAUGGCAUCGUCCGAGUCGAGUUUCAGCAAAGUUUUACUAUAAACCAAGGAAACAGCGGACAAUUGUUUACAUUGGUAGAAAGCAAAAGUAACUGCGUGGCAUACAUAGAUGCUCUAAUAGCUGUUCAGGUACAGUUGGAUGCAAAUGAGCAGCUUCCGUUUGAACAACAGAUUGUAUAUCACCAGCAAAACUUCAAUCCUCCAGGUUAUCUCACUUGUGAGCAUGAUGAUAAAAGACGAAUUUCUUUUGAAUGUCUCCGAAUGAAAUCUGAUAUUAGGAAAGAGAGUAUUGAAGCAAGAAACUCCAACGACGAGACAGGAAUCGUCAAAGACAUACUUGAAGGAAUGCUUUCAAAUAUCUGUGCUGAAAGGUCAGAUGUACACAUAUUCGAAACAGAAACAUGGGCCACUCCAGAUGAAUUGGGAAUGGAUAUUUCCCAGUACAGGGCAUUCUCUGACGGAUUAACACAAGGAUUGUCUCUUAUUCAAGGUCCACCAGGUACGGGAAAAACAGUCAUUGCUUUGAACAUAUUGGAGAUGAUGCUGAAUAAUCAAAAUGUCUGGAGCAAAGAGAUUAUUGGACCAAUCAUUCUUCUUAGCUAUACAAACCACGCUCUUGAUCAGUUUCUUGAAGGUAUAACACGUAUGCCAAUAAUGAAAUCAGCCCGGUGCACAGAUAUUGUCAGGGUAGGCUCGCGAUGCAAAACUGAAAGCUUAGAUAAGUAUAAUCUCGCACAUCGUAGAAAAGAGAGGCAUACAAAAAUUCGAAAGAAAGCACUUUUAGAAUUGCACGUGACUGCUGAUCACCACAAAGAGCUGUCAGAAGCCACCAGGACUUACCUUACAUCGCUCGUUCACGAAGAUUUUUUGCGGCAAGUCAACGCAAUUCCGGAAAACCUUUUCUGGUCGCUGAAGGAACGAAUUAUAUCGUCAUUGCCGUCAGAUGGAACUUAUCUUUGCAAAUGGCUUAGAAUUUUCGUGGAUGAUUUUGUCCUGCAGAAACGAGAGAACGCGGAAUGUUUCGAUACAAGUGAAGAAAUGGAAUCAGCUGAAAAUACAUCUAACGACAGGUUCGGUCUCGGAAUUGACCUAGAAGACUUUGAAUUUGAGUCGAUUCUGUUAAAAGAUCUAGACCGUGCCAAAGAUUUAAUGAAACAACCAACACCUAUUUUGACAUCUGAAACCGAAGAGGAUCUGAAUAAGGGAAUCAAAUACUGGUCUUUCAUUUCACCGAAGGCCAAGCUCGCAGUACUACAAGAAGUGAAACGCCGUAUCAUGCAGACUAAGCCAAUGUCAGAAGCAGAAGAAUGUAGCAUUGCAGAUGUUUGGGUCCUAUCUGUCGAUGAUCGAUGGAGAUUAUAUAAACUCUGGAUCAAUAAAAUUCUCAGGACAUUGAAAGAUGACAUGAUGUCAGUUCAGAUGAGUUACAAGAGUGCAUAUGGUAGAUGCGAGGAAUGUCGGCAUUCCAAAGACAUUGAAAUUUUCAAAAACGCAAGAGUCGUGGCCAUGACCACAUCACGAGCUGCUAUUGAUCAUGGAAAACUUCGAAGGAUUAACUCAAAGAUCAUGGUUAUUGAGGAAGCAGCAGAGGUACCAGACCAUCACAUAUUGGCGAGUUUGGUCCCAUCACUUCAGCAUUUAGUGAUGAUCGGAGAUCAUCUACAGCUCAGGCCAGGAUACAACGAUUACAAGACUGCAAUGAGAUUUGGUUUGAAUGUGUCAAUUUUUGAGCGUCUGAUAAGAACAGGACUUAAAUUUCAACAAUUGCAGUUCCAGCAUAGGAUGAGACCUGUAAUUGCAGAUUUGUUAACUCCGUCUAUAUACAGUGAAUUACAAAACCACGCAAGCGUUAUGGAGAUUACAGAUGUCCGUGGGUUGCAGAAUAAUAUGUUUUUUCUGAACCACAGCGAAAACGAACAUGCUGAUUCACAUCAGGAUAAGAAGAGCCACAAAAAUCAACAUGAAGUUGAUUUUAUCGCACAGUUAUACCGAUACCUGCGGCUCCAAGGUUAUGACAGUGGAGAUAUUACGGUGUUAACAACUUACAAGGAACAGGAGAGACUUCUACAGAGAGCCAUCCGAACUAUCGAGAAAAGUGAGAGGUUUGUAUUUAGAAAACCGAAGACCAGCUAUUGCGAUCUGAAUUCAAAACAAACUGGAUCUGACAAAACGGGUCCGUAUCAUAUCAGCAAAUACAGCUCGAUAGACGCAUUGCAAUUAGAGAAUUUUGAAGAGUGCAAGGAAACCUCUCCAGGGGCACGAGUCACCACAGUUGACAAUUUUCAAGGAGAAGAAAACAAAAUUAUUUUGCUAUCACUCGUUCGAAGCAAUUCAAAGGGACAAAUAGGAUUUUUGAAUGAACCGAACAGAAUUUGCGUAGCUUUAUCCAGAGCGAAAGCUGGUCUUUACAUAAUAGGUGAUUUUAACUUACUUCGAAAGAAGAAUGAUCUGUGGAGGCAAAUCCUUCAUAAAGCAGAAACAAAAGGAUGCGUAGGAUCUUCACUUACUCUUUACUGCAAGAAUCAUCCUCAGACUAAAACAAACGUUUCAAAGGCAGUCGAUUUUCAAAAAGUACACGAUGGCGGCUGCAGUCAGAAAUGUUCUGUUUCACUCGUCUGCGGUCAUGACUGUCCACGAAGAUGCCAUACAGAUGAUCCAAAUCACGAACUUAUAACAUGCAAGUCGAUAUGCGAAAAACCGUGUUCUUUGGGGCACAAAUGCCAGUAUUUGUGUUACAAAUGUCACGAGGAAUGCUUGCCCUGUAAGGUCAAAGUGUUAAAGACUCUACCAAAUUGUGGACACAAUGUGCCUGUACCAUGUUUUGAAAAACUAGAUGAAUGCAUAUGUACCGAACCAUGUAGGAGCAUCUUAGAAUGUGGACAUCAAUGUCAGAGAAAAUGUGGAACGACAUGUAACAAUUCCGAAAACUGUGAUGAACUCGUGAAAGUUACCGCGGACUGCGGGCAUGAUAUUCAGACAGCAUGCCACAGUAAAAAGGAUCCGAUCUGUUCGGUCAAGUGCAGGACGAAACUGACCUGUGGUCAUUUGUGUAAGGGAACGUGCCGAUCAUGUUUCUCUGGUCACUUACAUCAGCAAUGUCGGGAAAAAAUACAGUUCAAGCUAAAGUGCGGACACACAAUCGCAAUUGAUUGUAUUCUAGAAUAUUGGGAGCAAACAUACGGCGGACACCUCGAAAAAUGUCCAAGGGAUUGUAAGUGGCAAUGUAAACAUUUGGCUUGUAAGAAGAGAUGUGGAGAAUCGUGCACGAGAUGGCCAUGUAAUGUGCGAUGUACACAACGGCUUAGAUGUAGCCAUCUGUGUGCUCUGUUGUUGUGUGAUCACAAUGGUGCUCACUGGUGUGUAGAAUGUUCGAGGGAUUUGAUAAAUGGAGGAUUGCCGAGAACACAGCUCAACGUAAGAAAUCCACAUUACAUCAGACUCCAGCGUUGUAUGUGCAUUUUUCAAACCGAGGUGCUAGACGCGUACUUGAUGCAUCAAGAAGAGACGUCACCGCGUUGCCCGAAGUGUCGCAAGGAUAUCAUUGAUAUGCGCUACCACAACCUCUUAAAAAGAACAAGAAGAUUGACGGUCUCUGGCAAAAAAUGUCGUAACAAGGAUUAUAUUAAAUUGCGAAACAGUCUUCAAGAAGUUCUUGGUAUCCUUGAAAACAUUGCAGAACGUUUCAUUCCUGAUGUAUCCUUAGAUCUGAAAUAUAAAACAGUUUUUUAUCGAAUAUCUUACCGGCUGGAAAGAAGUCGCAAUGCGUUCUCAGUGCAGGAACUCCGAGACCUCUCAUUGAUUGUUCCAAAAAUGGUAAUAUCACUAAAAAUGUGUAAAGAAAGAAGCAAAUCAAACCCAGAAAGCAUGUCCGAGGAGCUAAGCUCUCAUUUAGAAGUAUGUGAGAACAAAUGUAGCAGCAUAUUUGCCAAUUUUAUGGAAGACAUUAAAAUUCCACAGUCUGGAACAAACGACGAAUUAAACAAAUUUGCAAACACGACUUCGAAAGGGUCGACUCUGAUGAUGAUCUUGCCUUCUAUCCAGCAACUCUCAGCGUGAUGGUGAAAGCAAGCAAAAUGAGUGAACGUCCAACGAAAAAACCCAGACGAAGAACAUGAUUGUUGAUGAGUGACAUUGCACCUUGUUGACAAAGUGUGGUUUCAGUAGGUACAUUGUAACUGGCAGUUUAGAGACAACGAAUACAUAUACAAUGUUAUACGAAUGUGUUUGUAGCAUAUUUUGACUUGCUAAAGUACUGUGUAUGCUUAACCUGUCGGAUUACUCUUCCCCUGUGACACAAAAGAGAGAAAAACUAUUUGGGAUAUACUGUAAGAAUGGAAACUGAUCGCGCUAAUUUACUCUACUCGAAAAUCGCGAAUAUUUCAACAUCGUGAUAAUUUCUACCAUUUCAAAACGUCGGGUAUUAUGAGCAAAUAUGACAGCUCUUUACAAUGACGAAAGGAGUGGACGGCUAAUUCUGAAGUGUUUUUGAUAACCAAGUACUUAAGUAUUUCUUAUGGAAGAGAAACCAGCUAAUGUAAUGUAUUAUACCGCAGGAGAAACAUGUAUGAUAACCACAAAAUAACAAAUGACGAACUAUCUAAGUAUUUGAUAAGUCACCUACAGCCAGGGAUGAUAAUUAUAUAUGUCUUACAGUAGAGUGUUUAUAUGUUUUAUUCUAUCAAGAAUUCGCGACAACCUGUAUGCGUCCGGAGUACAACUAAUUGAUGUGAUCAAAUAUCCUGUAAUCCGUCCGGGUAUGAUACAUUUUGCCAAGGAUUAAUGAUGUACGAUCGCAGAUGUUUUUCAUUGUAUCUUCUGGAUUAUACUGACGGUGUUUGAUAGUUUGUGUACCGUAUUCCAUGAAAGUAUCGUUGGGACGAACUGCUUUAUCACUACUCGAGAUAACCAAGUAAACUUUGAACAAACAAGGACAUGCGAACGUGUAUAUCUAUAUUGUGAUACCAAGGACAGAUUACAAUGGCAAUAUAUCAGUGUUUUCAUUUUCUAUUGCAUCACAACGGGAAUACUAAGUGUGGACCGUCUUUGAGUGUGAAACAAUUACCUGGCCAUGGGAACCGUUAAUGGAUAAUACAUAUAAGUGUUAUGAUAACUCUGUAACCUGUUAUAUCUUUUGCCGAGAACAUCAAGCACAGAAAAUAUUGCGUGGUAACUUUAAUGGCCUUUGUUUCUCACGGGAAAUCUGAAGUAUGAUUAAAUGUGAACUGGAAGAAUGAAGUGUUUUCCCACAUGGCAUUCAAUAACCUUUUAAAUUACGUACAUGGAAUACAUUGAUUUUACCCGCUACCAAAUAAUAUCUUUAAUAUGUUUUUUCGAUCUUUGCUUUCCUGAAAUCAAAUGAUUUAUAAUAAGCGGGUAAAAAGAUAAGUGAGAAACAUUGUAAUAUUCAAAAACAUUCCUAUUUUGUUUUACUUUAUCUAAAUUCCAUGACAGGAUGUCUUAUUUCAGUUUCCAGAUGAGUAAAGUCAUUUUAACAUGUACGCACGACAACGAAGCUAAUUAACUUCCAUCGUUGCCAUCAGUAUUAGAAUAUUUUUGCAUUUUUGGAAUUGUAUCGGCAAGUAUAAAUAUGUGUAAGUAAGUUUUUCAUAGAAAGAAAUGUAUUUGUUGGACUUUUAGCGCAUUGUAAUUAUUUUGCACAAUCAUUAUGAUAUAUACAUGUACUGCAAUUGUUAUUAUUGUAUAUGUGUUAACAUUGCUUAUUGUUUUUGCACUGAACUUUGUUGAAAUCUUGACGUCUUUAUUUUGCUAAACUUUUUUUAACCAUGACAUGACUUUAAAAAAAACUAGUUGUCCGAAGAGCCUUAUGCUUGACCACAGUUCACUUGUAAAUAUGUUUGCUCUUAUUUUUUAAUACUAUACAAUAUCCGAUCGCAUGGAAACUUCUAACUUAUUUUUUUCAUUGUGUUUAGAUAAAAGUAGGCCAUGAUUGUUAAUAAUAUGAUGUGUCAUGUAUCUAUGAUUUUUUUUUCUUUUUUUCUAAUGAUUGGGGUUUUGUUGAAAAAUUUCAGAUACAUGUAAGAUGAAUGAUAUGUUAAUCUGAUUUGUGUUAGCGGUCUCCGCAUUCACAUAAAGCACAAACUUCUGUUUUAUAGCAUUUUAUGCUUCAACAAAGUAGUUCAUAGGUCGUUAUUUUUUUCGUUAAUGCUUUUUUCAAAUAUAUUUUUUUCUGAUUAUUUUGAUGCCAUAGCUGAUAAAUGUCGACGGGGCGAUUUGCAUGAUAUCAGAGUAUAAAAAAUUAAAUAAGAUUUCGCGAAAAUACUCAAAAUGAAAGAAAUAAUUUAAAUGACAGCGUCAAUUGUACAUGUAAGUAUGCUCUCGCUCUUUUACCUUUAUCAUACUAUUUUGAUACUUUUAUAAAGUGUUUUAUGACGGUUGUCAAGCAAGUUCAGUAAUUGAAUAAUAACAUUAUAUUUUUAACAAGUUGAUGAUUUGCAAAACAAAUAUUUGUUACAUUAUUUUUGUGUUCGUCUGAAGCGUGGUAUUAUUAGUCUUGUUCGAGUUAGUUGUAUUUGAUGAAUUAAAUACCAACCACAUUCUCUAUCUUUCAUUAGCAUUUUUAUUUUACAACACUUGAUGGUGCAAUCUCAUCUACCACUUCUACAUUAAACAACAUUGUUUUAUUGGAUGUUGAAAGAUCCAUUGACAUAUGUUAUUUUCUGUAAAUUUUCCCUUUUUAAUAUUAUUAAACUGUAUGUAUGCAGUUUAUUUUCAGUACACAUCAACUAAUAGAAAACAUUUCAACAUUUACGAUCUUACUUCCGCAAUUUCUUGAUUUCUUGACAUUGUAGAGAUCACAGUCUUAAACUAACGUUUCAAUUUUCCUUUUCAAUAAAUUAAAAACAAUUUUGUUUCUACAGAGUUGUUAAAAACCGAAUUUGACACAAAGUAUCUCUACUUAAUGAGUAUUAAGGAUACCGCAAAUUUGAUUGGUUUGAUCUUAUGAAACCAGUUUAAAUCAAUGGCUAGUCAAAUCAACGAUGUGCCAACAAUAGUCUAUGAUAUAUCGAUGUAACUGUUAAUGUUUGGUCAUUUUUACAGAUUUGUUUAAUAUAUUUUUCCAUAUAUAUUCCAUAUGAUGCUUGAAACGAACGCAAUCUCAUUCUAUAAUGUGAACAACAUAGUUACCCCAAACAACAUUUUUGAUGUUCAUAACAUAAUACUCACAUUUCACAAUUUAGUUGUAACCAUUACAAUCGUUUCCGUAAACUAAAGCUAUCGUUUAUAACGUGUCCGAAGAUUGCAUAUUUUUUCUGCCAACAGGACAAAGCUAUAUGACGUCAUCGACUGUAGAUGUGAACUGAGUGUACUAUUGCCUAAUCUGAUUAGAUAGAUUUAAAACAUGAAAUAUGCUGUAAACAUCAGGGGAAAUGUUCUAUUUUCGUUAAGUGAUGUGAUGUUACUCUAGCUGAUCACAUGCUAUUGGAUAGAUGCCUUCUGGCCUUAACAAAAUUGAAAAGUGUAAAUUCAACAUGUUUUAUUUUUUUCAAUUAGGAUCCUUUUAUAAAACGGUCUAAAUUUAAAACAUAAAGGAGCAUUGCUCAUGAUCAUUUGAAUGGCGAGAUACAUGUACAUGUAUCCUUUUAGACUACUGAUUUUAAAAUUUCACAACAUUCACGUACGGCAACUUCGAUUAAUUGCAGGAUAACGGAUAUUGUGUACUGUGUAAUUGAUCGUACACAUCAUUGAAACUCAAACCUAGAAAAAUAUUACCAAAAAUGUUAAGUGGUUUACUUACAGCGUUUCGGGAUGAUGAUUUAACCUCUUUACGCAAUAAGACUGCUUUACAAUUUCGAACUGUUUGUAAAUAAUUUUGAAUGCAUUAUUCCGCGUUAUCACAUCUUUGAUUGUUUCUCGAUUUUUGUGACUGAUAAACAUCUUGGGGACAUAUUGUUUUUGCUACAUUUCUCAUUAUUUUUAUUAUAUUUUGGUAUUUUUAUUAUUCUUAUUUCUUCCAAUUUCUUCCACAGACUAGGUUUCCGACAUGUUUCUCGAAAACCUUAGGGCGGAAUUCAACGAAACUUUAAAUGAGUGUUCGUGUAUGACAGGCGGUGACAAGAGUAUUUUCGUUUCUCGAUCGGUCAUCCGACUGGUCAGCCGGACGGCGGCCUCUGAUUGGUCGAAAUUUAGACAUUGUCCGAUUUUGAUGACAUUUAGUAUAUAGAUGUAAUAUGGCACUACCAAAACAACUGCGGUGUUUGUUUUGUGAUUAAGCAAAAUGGCCGCCAUUUCCUGACCUCUGAUUGGUCGAAAUUGAAAUAUUGUCGCAUUUCGAUCAAAUUUGGUACAUGUAUGUAGGUGAAUCAUGGGACAAUGAUCAUUUCCGUAAGUAAGGUUUCACAUUUCAACAAUAUGACCGCCGUUUGUUUUCCUCUGAUUGGUCAACAUUUAAAUACUGUCCGAUUUAGAUCAAAUUUGGUGCAUAUGUGUAGUAUGGCACUACGAAUACAACUGCUAUGUUUGUUUUAUGAUUAAACAGAAUGGCCGCCAUUUCCUGACCUCUGAUUGGUUGAAAUUUCAGUAUUGUCCGAUUUCGAUUAAAUUUGGUAUGUAAAUGAAUCAAGGGACAAUGAUCACUUGGGCCCCGUUUCCUGUCCUCUGAUUUGACGAUAUUUAGAAAUUGUUCUAUUUUGAUCACUCGAUCGGCCCCCAUUUCCUGCCCUGAUUGGUCGAAAUUGAAAUAUUGUCCAAUUUUGAUCAAAUUUAAUAUGUAAGUGUAUCAUAGGACAAUGAUCACUUCCGUAACUUAGAUUUCACGUUUCAACAAAAUGGCCGCCUUUUUAUCCUCUGAUUGGUCAAAAUUUAAAUACUGUUCGAUUUGGAUGAAAUUUGGUAUAAAGGUAUAAUAUGGCACUACAAAAAACAACUGCAGUGUGCGUUUUAUAAUGCAACAAAAUGGGCGCCAUUUCCCGGCCUUUGAUUGGUCGACAUUAAUGUAUUUUUGUUUUUAUGAAAAUUGGUACAAUGUAUAUAGGUGUAUUAGGUGACUGCGAAUUUUAUCGCAUAGGUUUCUAUGCCAUAGCAACUACACUGAGGCGUUUGAUUGGUCGCAGUUGAGAAAUUAUUUGAUUUCACUAAAAUUAAGUACGUAUAUUGUAGUUGUAUUAAGGCUUUGCGAACCUUUUCUGAUGCAUUUUUGCGACUAUGUGGGCAGUUUGGGGGACAUCUGUAAUGGUCCCCCAUUACAAUUAAUACUUGUUCUUAUUGCUUUUGUAUAAGAUAUUGCAUUUUAAUGUAAAUGAUGUGUUAAAUCUACAAUAUGGCAAUGUACAUUUAUAUCUAUAAGACGUAUUGAGCUGCACUUUUGUAAGAAUGGUUAUCCCAGUAGUUUAAUUACUGUUUCGCUACUGUUUUGCAUGUGUUUCGAAUGAAAUGUAACUUUCGAAAGAGUCCAUGUCAGUUCCCGAGCAAAAUUAACUUCAGAAAAACUGAAGUUAAUUGAUGGUCCCGGAAAUAUUUAAAACUGGAAUACCCAUUCAUGUGUGUUUUCGUUGUAAGUUCAUUUGUCAUUAUAUUGCAAUUUGGAUUUAUAGAACAGGAAAUAAGAGAUAAGGAAGUGAUGUACCCUGCAACUGCAAUGAUGCAUACACAUAUUUAACCUUAUCUACAUGUAUCUGAAUGCAAUAUUCAAGCAAUUGAAGAUUAUACAAAUGAACUACCUAUGUAUUAUUUUUCUAAAUUGUCUUUGGAUGCAUUUUCCUACAAUAAAUCACUAUAUUGAUUUGAA